UUAGAGCUUUUGCUGCCUCUGCCACCAGUGUGCGCAUGCGCGCCCCCACGCCGGCCCCCUGGUCUGGCCGCGACCCCGGGUGCCUGGCUGACCUGGGGAAAGGAGCGGCUUGGCACGAGGGUGGAGUUGAAGAGCUGGGGGUGGGCCCGGUUUGGGAGGAUGCAGCUCGCGCCAGCAGGAGGCCUUACACCUGUCUUUUUGUUGAGGCGAAUCUCAUUAGGGAGCCCCUGGUGAUAUUUGUGUGUGCGACUACAGGCCAAGGAGACCCGCCUGACAACAUGAAGAACUUCUGGAGGUUCAUAUUCCGGAAGAACCUGCCAUCAACCUCCCUCUGUCAGAUGGACUUUGCUGUUCUUGGCCUCGGGGACUCUUCAUAUGCCAAGUUCAACUUUGUGGCCAAGAAGCUGCACCGCCGACUGCUGCAGCUAGGGGGCAGCCCCCUCCUGCCUGUGUGCCUGGGUGAUGACCAGCACGAGCUGGGACCUGAUGCGGCCAUCGACCCCUGGCUGGGAGACCUGUGGGAAAAGGUGUUGGGGCUGUAUCCGGUGCCCCGCCACCUGGCCAUGAUCCCCCCUGGAGUACCCUUGCCUUCCAAGUUCAUUUUCCAGUUCCUCCGAGAGUCCCCCAGCAGAAGCUCCCAGGAGCUGCUCGUCACCAGCCCAGACCCUCAGGACCCCCCGUCAGAGUCGCAGCCCUUCCUGGCACCCAUGGUUGCUAACCAGAGGGUCACUGGCCCCUCACACUUCCAGGAUGUUCGGCUGAUCGAGUUUGAUAUCACAGGCUCCCGCAUCAGCUUUUCUGCUGGUGAUGUGGUGCUGAUCCAGCCCUCAAACUCGGCUGCUCACGUUCAGCAGUUCUGCCAGGUGCUGGGCCUGGACCCCAGCCAGAGCUUUGUGCUGCAGCCUCGGGAGCCAGGCACCCCCUGCCCACCAGGACUGCCCCGGCCCUGUUCAGUGCAGCACCUUGUCUCCCACUACCUGGACAUUGCCAGUGUGCCUCGCCGGUCCUUCUUUGAGCUCCUGGCCUGCCUCUCCCCACAUGGGCUGGAGCGGGAGAAACUUCUGGAGUUCAGUUCUGCCCAAGGCCAGGAGGAGCUCUGCGAGUAUUGCAGCAGGCCCCGCAGGACCAUCCUGGAGGUGCUCUGUGACUUCCCUCACACUGCGGGCGCCAUCCCCCUGGAGUACCUGUUGGACCUCAUCCCACAGAUCCGGCCACGGGCCUUCUCCAUUGCCUCCUCCCUGCUGGUUCAUCCCAUGAGGUUGCAGAUUCUCGUGGCCGUGGUACAGUACCAGACUCGCCUCAAAGAGCCCCGCCGGGGCCUCUGCUCCUCCUGGCUGGCGUCCCUGGACCCCGCGCAAGGACCUGUCCGGGUGCCCCUGUGGGUGCGGCCUGGGGGCCUGGCCUUCCCAGAGGAGCCAGAGACACCUGUGAUCAUGGUGGGGCCCGGCACGGGCGUGGCCGCGUUCCGAGCGGCCAUCCAGGAGCGGGUGGCCCGAGGCUGGACUGGAAACUUCUUGUUCUUCGGCUGCCGCCAUCGAGACCAAGACUUCUACUGGGAGGCCGAGUGGCGGGAGCUGGAGGAGAGGGGCUGCCUGACGGUGGUCACUGCCUUCUCCAGGGAACAGGACCGGAAGGUUUACGUGCAGCACCGGCUCCGGGAGCUGGGCCCACUCAUCUGGGAGCUGCUGGACCGCCACGGAGCCUACUUCUACCUCACAGGCAACGCUAAGCGCAUCCCAGUGGACAUCACGGAAGCCCUGACAUCCAUCUUCCAGGAGCAUGGUGGGCUCUCUGAAUCUGACGCAGCCACCUACCUUGCCAGGCUCCAGCGGACGCUGCACUUCCAGACGGAGACCUGGGCCUGAGGACCCCUGCCAGCCCUAAGGCUUCCCUGGGGACCGCGUCAGGGUUCUAAAGGAAGCCUCUGGCAGGUGGCCGUCAUCCCCCUCGGGCCCUGUCUGAUUCCAGAUCCGUCAUCAGACCCAGGGUGUGGCUGUAGGCCCCACCAGAGGACACUCCCUGCAAUAGCUGGAGUCCGAGGGGACUUGGGGUCCCACAGCCCUGACCCCACUGUGGCCUACACCUCGGUUUGCCCUUUAGUCCACCUUGCCCUGCCCCACUGUGUGUGUGCGUGCGUGCGUGUGUGUGUGUGUGUCCCGACCUUCCAUCCUGGUCACGGGGGUCUGGACGUUGGGUUCUGUGCAGGCCGCACCGCCUCCCUCUGCCCCGGGGAUUCUCCAGCUACUACUUCAGCAGGCAGGGACCGGGAUGUUCCUUCACCUCAGCACCCUCAGGGCUCAGCCUGGUGGGAGGCCGCUAGAAGUCCAGCUUCCUGAACACCAGGAAGAGGCGGAGCCAAGCCCUUCCCCUGAUCCCAGACGCCUCAGUAAACAUGGUCUCUAGGCAC